GAUAGAUAGACAUACAUGGACACACACCACAUCUUCUUUAUCCAUUUGUCAGUCAAUGGACAUUUGGACUCUUUCCAUAAUUUGGCUAUUGUUGAUAGUGCUGCUGUAAACAUUAGGGUGCAUGUGCCCCUUCAAAUUAGCAUUUUUGUAUAAAUAACUAGUAUAUAUAGGUAUUUGGAUAAAUAGUUGGUAGUGCAAUUGCUGAGUUGUAGGGUAGUUCUAUUUUUAAUUUUUUGAGGAACCUCCAUACUGUUUUCCAGAUUGGCUGCACCAGUUUGCAUUCCCACCAGCAGUGCAAAAGAGAUCCUCUCUCUCUGCAUCUUCGCCAACAUCUCUUGUUGCCUGAGUUGUUAAUGUUAGCCAUUCUGACAGGUGUGAGGUGGUAUCUCAUUGUGGUUUUGAUUUGUAGGAAUAAUACAAUUUAAAGCAAGAGUUAAAGUACAAUACCUAGGUACAAUUAAGUAAUUCACUAAAUUAAGUAAUUUGACUAUUCUCAAUAAUUGAACUUCCUGUUUCUUAGUCAUACAUCUGAUACCCUUUUUUAUUUAUUCAUGCAAAUUAACUUUACUUAUUUUACAUUCUAAAUCUGAAAAAUUAAACACUUUUAGUCUUUCAAGUCUGAUUAUGUUAUUUAUUAUUUCUGCUAACUCUCAUUCCUGAUGCCUUGUUUUCUCACAUGUUUUGUAUUUUCUGAUUGUGAGUUACUUGUAAAUUUCUCUUGUUAUUCUUUGAAGUCCAUGUGGUUUUUUUUAAAAAUAUUUUUUCUAUAUUUAUUUUUGAGGGAGGUAGGGGCAAAGAGAGAGGGAUAGAGAGAAUCCCAAUCUGACAGUACAGAGACUCAUGCAGGGUUUGAACUCACUACCCAUGAGAUCAUGACCUGAGCUGAGAUCAAGAGUUGGAUGCUUAACUGACUGAGCCACCCAGGCACCCCUGAAGUCCGUAUUUUGAGUUGGAUUCCUGCAGAAUGGACUUACAUUUUUUUUUUCUUUCAGGUACCUAAGGACACAUGGGUAGCAUGAAUUUGUGCCUUAAACCUGUAAGAGGACCUACUUGGUCCUUUUUUUUUCUUUACAAAUUUUUAUUUAAAUUCUUCUUAGUUAACAAAUAGUGUAAUAUUGUUUUCAGGAGUAGAAUUUAGUGAUUCAUCACUAAAUGUUAAAUUACAUAUAACACUCAGGGGUCAACACAACAAGUACCUUCCUUAAUACCCAUCACCCAUCUAGCCUAUCCCCUGCCCACCUCCCUCCAUCAACUCUCAGUUUGUUCUCUAUUGUAAGGAGUCUCUUAUGGUUUAUUUCCCUCUCUCUAUUUUCCCCCUUCCUAUAUGUUCAUCUGCUUUGUUUCUUAAAUCCCACAUAAGAGUGUAAUCAUGUGGUAUUUGUCUUUCUCUGCCUGACAUAUUUCACUAACCAUAAUAUACUCUAGCUCCAUCCACGUUGGUGUAAAUAGCAAAAUUUAAUUCCUUUUAUUUUAUUUUUCAAGAGAGUGUGUGUGCAUGCGUGCAAGUGGGGGAGGGGCAGAGGCAGAGAAGGGGAGACACAGAAUGUGAAACAGGCUCCAGGCUCUGAGCUGUCAGCACAGAGCCUGAUGCUGGGCUCAAACUCAUGAACUCCAAGAUCAUGACCUGAGCUGAAGUCAGAUGCUUAACUGACUGAGCCACCCAGGAACCCCAAGAGAGAGCGAAUCUUAAGCAGGCUCCACACUCAGCACAAAGCCCAGUGUGGGCUCAAUCCCACAACCAUGAGAUCAUGACCUGAGCUGAAAGCAAGAGUCAGACGUUUAACGCAGAGCCACCAGGCUCCCCAAGAUUUCGUUCCUUUUGAUGGCUGAAUAAUAUCCCAUUGUAUAUGUAUACCAUAUCUUCUUUAUCCACUCAUCAGUUGAUGGACAUUUGGGCUCUUUCCAUAGUUUGGCUAUUGUUGAUAGUGCUGCUAUAAACAUUAGAGUACAUGUACCCCUUUGAAACUGUAUUUUUGUAUCCUUUGGGUAAAUACCUACUAGUACAAUUGCUGGAUCAUAGGUUAGUUCUUUUAACUUUCUGAGGAAACUCCAUGUUGUUUUCCAACAUUGUUGUACCAGUUUGCAUUCCCACCAACAGUAUCAGCUUGUGGUUUCUAGGUUACUUCAACAGAGAAGACAUUACUGGAGCAUCAUUCACUAGCUCUUAAAUUCUUGGUCACUUACUAUUCAUUGGUUAGAACUAAUCACUUGCCCCUACCUAGCUGAAAAAGAUAUGGAAAAUGUGGGCAUUUCUUGGAUAUCUAGUGAGCAAUACAUAUUUCAGUUACAAAAGGCAAAUCAAAAAGGGAAAAAGGGAGAAAAAUAAUUGUAAUUUACAAGGGAGGAAUGUGUUCUUGUCAGAAGGAGUACCCAUCUGACAGGUUUGAGGCAGUGAGGAUGUUUCAGAUUUCUCAACUUCUUCAGCUCCUCCUAGGUAUCUCCCUUUAAAUUGCCAGAUUACAGAGCAUUCCGGUCAUCCCACCAAUCUUCUCCAUUUCACUUUAGCAAGACACAUGAUUAAUUUCUUAUUCUGUACUCCUGUAAUUUGUCUGUUGUUUCUGUUUUUCUCUUUCUAUUUGAUCACUCAUGGAUUGAAACUCUUCUCAUUUUUGUUGGACUUUACCAAACUGCAGUUGAGCCUUGAACACCACGGGUUUGAACUGUGCGGAUGCACCUACACACAGUUAUUUACUUAUUUUUUUUUUAGCUAAAUACAGCACUGUAAAUGUAUUUUCUCUUCCUUAUGAUUUUGUUAAUAAUAUUUUCUUUGCUCUAGCUUACUUUAUUGGAAGAAUACAGUAUAUAAUACAUAUAAUAUACAACAUAUGCAUUAAUUGAUGGCUUAUGUUGUUGGUAAGGUUUCUAGUUAACAAAGGCUCUUAGUUAAUUUUGGGGUAGUUAAGAUUUUUGACUGUGCAGUGGAGGUUGGGGGUGGAGAGUGGUGCCCCUAAUCACCUGCAUUGUUCAAGGGUCAACUGUAUAAGCAGUAACCUGCUUAUAUCAGAUAGCUUGAUAUAUUAGCUAUAAACCCUAAACACUUUACCCUCAGUUGGCACAUACUCUGAAGCUUUGGUGGCAACAGGAUUGCUUAACCAACUGCUUGCUCCAUCAUCAUAUGUACUGCCAAGAAUUUCCUAGCUUGGGUUGAGGGAGUACUCAUUGUUUCCCUCUCUGUUUGAGUCUACUAGUUUCAAACUUGUUCUAAAGAUCUUUCACUCAAGACACUACUUCUUGGUAAAAAUUUCUGUAUUAAUUAGGACUCUUUAGUUUCAAAUAAAUAAUUCAUAUUGAGCUAAAUAACUCAAUACUAAAGGACUCUUUAGUUUCAAAAAUAUAACUCGUAUUGAGUCUAAUAACAAUAGUAGUAAUAUUUAGUGAAAGUUUAUUUUGUAGCAGUGCCUGGCACAUGAUAGGUACUUACUCUGUUGGAUGAAUGCCACACUGUGCUAAGUACUUUAAGUGCAUUAUCUAAUUUAAUCCUCAAAAUAACUCUAUACUAGUAUUUCUCCUUUUUAUAGAAAAGAACAUUGUGACACAAAAUGGUUUAGAAACUGCCCAAGAUGCCCAGCUAGUAAGCAUUGGAGCCAGGAUUUGAACCCAAGCCAUCUCAUUUUUUUUUUGUACACUAUUAGCCAAAAAGGAUAAUUUAUUAUAAGGGGGUUGUUACAGAACCAAGGGAAAAAAUUCAAAUGGAUUGCAGGAUGGGCUGGAACCAGGAGAUAGAAAACUAUUGGGAAUACAGGCCAUACUCUUCCUUUGAUUCUCCUCUCUGCUUUUCAGACUAGAUGUGGUAACUGUGAUAGGCAAAGGGAAAAUGUUGGCAAAGGAAUGCAGUAGAUCAUUUCACUGAUCCCAACUUCUGAUUUGCCUUGGAAAAUCCUAGCAGUGUCCUCAACUUUGGUGGCCUGGCCAAGUCAUUCCAUUUUGGGGGGCCUCUAUUUCCUCAUUUAUAAAAUGAGAAGUUUCUUUACCACAGGAUUCCUCAGGUCUCUUCCAGUUCUAAAAUUCUAUGAUCCUAAGUGAACUUUCUAGGGCAGAAGCUCAUUAAUAAUAGAUUUGAAUGUGUGGGUUUGAGGGGAUAGAAUAGAGGAGGAUUUUAAGGAAAGAGGGACAGAAUAAUAGUUUGAAUGGAGCCACAGUGUUGAAUUACUAUUUAGAGCUGGUGUCAGGUAAAGGCCUUUGGGGAUAUAUAAAUGGAGGACAGAAAAUACUUCUCACCUUGACCAGACCAGAGUAUUUUUUAUGGGAUCUCUCUGAUCUGUGAGCAGUACUCUCUUUCUCUCUUUGUAUUUGCAUGAAUACAUGCACAUGUGGGCAUGCGUGUAUGUGUCCAUGUGGGAAGUAGCCCCCUUGCACAGUGAUUUAAUCUGGCUUAUCUCUUUUCUCAGCUCAGAAUUUUCUACAGAGCAUUCACCUAGCCCACAGGAAGAGGACCACAGGGCAAACACAAAUAUUUGAAUGGCCCAAUGAGCAAGUUGCACAUCCAUAAAAUGAGAGGUUUGGUCUCUGUAACCUCUGAAGUCCUCUCCCAUUCUUAGCAUUUUGUGGUUCUAGGUACUGAGUCAAAAGUGGCUCUGCUCUUCCUGAAUGCUCUGUCAUUGGACCAGACAUUUGUCUUCGUUUCUCUUCUCUGUUCGUACCUGGCUGCCCAGUUCCUUUCUCUGGGCCCCCUUUGUUCCUUGAUUCCUUCAAAUCCUACUUGCUUUUAACUCCUUUGUACCCUCUAUACUUUCUUACAUUUUUCUGCAGCCCCCCUCCCUACCACAUUAUACCCUGGUCUCCAGGUCUCCACCUCUAUUUCUGCCCACUGCUAUCUGCAUCCUGGCUCUUAACUGAAGUUAUUUCCCUGGGCUCCUCUGAGGCCCCCCACCCCCACCCCCCGGGAUCCCCUAUCACUGGUCCCUCUCACAGAAGCACACCUUUCUCCAAAGCCAAAGGAUCAGGUAUUCAGUGGCUCAGGUGACAAACCUGCUGUCAGGUUACAGAUAUUGUUCCCUGAAAGACCACACUACAGUGUCAGUGGCAACUCAGGCUGCCUGCAGUGCUCUGCCCUCACCUGGCUAUUGCAUACAAGGUGAGAAUAACCAGAAUUCACCUCUUACCAGUGCUCACCUGGAAACAUGGCUCUGAGCCUCUGGGCCCUGCUGCUGCCGCUGUCCUGUGCAGUGAUUCUGGUCCCUACUGGGAUUCAGUCCCUGGACCCUGGUCUCUCCCUCCUGAAGUCAUUGCUCUCCACAAUGGACCAAGCUCCUCAGGGGUCCCUCAGCCGCUCACAGUUCUCUGCAUUCCUGGCCAACAUUUCUUCUUCCUUUGGGCCUGGGAGAAUGGGGGAGGGACCUGUGGGGGAGCCCCCACCUCUCCAGCCCCCUGCUCUCCGGCUCCACGACUUCCUAGUAACACUGAGAGGCAGCCCAGACUGGGAGCCAAUGCUAGGUCUACUAGGGGAUGUUCUGGCACUGCUGGGACAGGAGCAGACCCCCCGGGACUUCCUGGGGCACCAGGCAGGUGUACUGGGUGGACUCGCAGAGGUGUUGCUAGGAGCCUUAGUUCCUGUGGGGCCCCCAACCCCUACCCGGCCCCCAUGCACCCGUGAUGGGCCCUCUGACUGCGUCCUGGUGGCUGACUGGUUGCCUUCUCUGCUGCUCUUGUUAGAGGGUACACGAUGGCAGGCCCUGGUACAGGUGCAGUCCAGUGUAGACCCCACAAAUGCCACAGGCCUCAAUGGGAGGGAGCCAGCCCCCCACUUUUUGCAGGGUCUGUUGGGUUUGCUCACCCCAGUAGGGGAGCCAGGCUCUGAGGAGGCUCUUUGGGGAGGUCUACUGCGCACAGUGGGGCCCCCCCUCUAUGCUGCCUUCCAGGAGGGACUUCUCCGUGUCACUGACUCCCUACAGGAUGAGGUCUUUUCCAUUCUGGGGCAACCAGAGCCUGAUGCCAAUGGGCAGUGCCAGGGAGGCAACCUUCAACAGCUGCUUUUAUGGGGCAUCCGGCACAACCUUUCCUGGGAUGUCCAGGCGCUGGGCUUUCUGUCUGGAUUGCCACCCCCACCCCCUGCCCUCCUCCACUGUCUGAGCACAGGUGUGCCUCUGCCCAGGGCUUCCCAGCUCUCAGCCCACAUCAGCCCUCGCCAACAGCGAGCCAUCUCUGUGGAGGCCCUCUGCGAGAACCACUCAGGUCCAGCACCACCCUACAGCAUUUCCAACUUCUCCAUCCACUUGCUCUGCCAGCACGCCAAGCCUGCCACCCCACAGCCCCCUCCCAGCACCAUUGCCAUCUGCCAGACAGCUGUGUGGUAUGCAGUCUCAUGGGCACCAGGUGCCCAAGGCUGGCUACAGGCCUGCCAUGACCAGUUUCCUGAUCAGUUCCUGGAGGCAAUAUGUAACAACCUCUCCUUUUCAGCCUUGUCUGGCCCCAAUCGCCGUCUGGUAAAGCGGCUCUGUGCUGGUCUUCUCCCACCCCCCACCAGCUGUCCUGAAGGACUGCCUUCUGUUCCCCUCACCCCAGAGAUCUUCUGGGGCUGCUUCUUGGAGAAUGAGACCCUGUGGGCUGAGCGGCUGUGUGGAGAGGCGGGUCUGCAGGCUGUGCCCCCCAGCAAUCAGGCUUGGGUUCAGCAUGUGUGCCAGGGCCCUACCCCAGAUGCCACUGCCUUCCCACCCUGCCACAUUGGACCUUGUGGGGAACGCUGCCCAGAUGGGGGCAGCUUCCUGAUGAUGGUCUGUGCCAAUGACACCAUGUAUGAAGCGCUUGUGCCCUUCUGGCCUUGGCUAGCAGGCCAGUGCAGGAUAAGUCGUGGGGGCAAUGACACUUGCUUCCUAGAGGGGCUACUGGGCCCUCUUCUGCCCUCUCUGCCACCACUGGGACCAUCCCCACUGUGUCUAGCCCCAGCCCCCUUCCUGCUUGGCAUGCUAUCCCAAUUGCCACGUUGUCAGUCCUCUGUACCAGCCCUUGCCCACUCCACACGCCUACACUAUCUCCUGCGCCUGCUGACCUUUCUUCUGGGUCCAGGGGCUGGGGGGACUGAGGCCCAGGGGAUGCUGGGUCAGGCCCUGAUGCUCUCCAGUCUCCCAGACAACUGCUCCUUCUGGGAUGCCUUCCGCCCAGAGGGCCGGCGCAGUGUGCUGCGGACAGUUGGGGAGUACCUGGAACAGGAGGAGCAGUGGACCCCGCUGGGCUUUGAACCCACUGCCAGCCCCAGCUCUGGUAUAAACAAGAUGGAGCUCCUGUCCUGCUUCAGUCCUGUGCUAUGGGAUCUGCUCCAGAGGGAGAAGAGUGUUUGGGCCCUGCAGAUUCUAGUGCAGGCAUACCUGCACAUGCCACCAGAAAAUCUCCAGCAGCUGGUGCUUUCAGCAGAGAGGGAGGCUGCUCAGGGCUUCCUGACGCUCAUGCACCGUUCCUGGGCCCAGCUUCAGGUGCCACCAUCUGAGGAGCAAGCCCUGGGUCGCCUGACAGCCUUGUUGCUCCAGCAGUACCCACGCCUCACCUCCCAGCUCUUCAUUGACCUGUCACCGCUCAUCCCCUUCUUGGCUGUCUCUGACCUGAUGCGCUUCCCACCAUCCUUGUUGGCCAAUGACAGUGUACUGGCUGCCAUCCGAGAUUACAGCCCAGGAAUGAGGCCUGAACAGAAGGAAGCUCUUGCAAAGCGACUGCUGGCCCCUGACCUGUUUGGGGAAGUGCCCGCCUGGUCCCAGGAGCUACUGUGGGCAGUGUUGCCCCUGCUCCCCCACCUCCCUCUGGAGAACUUUCUGCAGCUCAGCCCUCACCAGAUCCAGGCCCUGGAGGAUAGUUGGCCAGCAGCAGGUCUUGGGCCAGGGCAUGCCCGGCAUGUGCUACGAAGCCUGGUGAACCAGAGUGUCCAGGACGGAGAAGAGCAGGUGCGCAGGCUGGGGUCCCUCGCCUGUUUCCUGAGCCCUGAGGAGCUGCAGAGCCUGGUACCCUUGAGUGAUCCACUGGGGCCAGUAGAACGGGGGCUGCUGGAAUGUGCGGCCAACGGGACCCUCAGCCCACAAGGACGGGUGGCAUAUGAACUUCUGGGGGUAUUGCGCUCAUCUGGAGGAGCUGUGCUGAGCCCCCGGGAGCUGCGGGCCUGGGCCCCUCUCUUCCCUCAGCUGGGCCUCCGUUUCCUGCAGGAGCUGUCAGAGCCCCAGCUUAGAGCCAUGCUUCCUGCCCUGCAGGGCACCAGUGUCACACCAGCCCAGGCUGUCUUACUGCUUGGACGGCUCCUCCCUAGGCAUGAUCUGUCCCUGGAGGAACUCUGCUCCUUGCACCCUCUGCUGCCAGGCCUCAGCUCCCAGACACUCCAGGCCAUCCCUAGGCGAGUUCUGAUUGGGGCCUGUUCCUGCCUGGCCCCUGAACUGUCACGCCUCUCAGCUUGCCAGACUGCAGCAUUGCUGCAGACCUUUCGGGUGAAAGACGGCGUUAAAAACAUAGGUACAACAGGUGCCAGUGCAGCUGUGUGUAUCCCUGGUCAGCAGCCCAUCCCCACCACCUGGCCAGACUGCCUGCUUCCCCUGCUCCCACUAAAGCUGCUACAGCUGGACUCUGCGGCUCUUCUGGCUAACCGAAGGCGCUACCGGGAGCUGCCCUGGUCUGAGCAGCAGGCUCAGUUUCUCUGGAAGAAGAUGCAGGUGCCCACCAACCUGACACUUAGGAAUCUGCAGGCUCUGGGCACCCUGGCAGGGGGCAUGUCGUGUGAGUUUCUGCAGCAGAUCAACUCAAUGGCAAACUUCCUUGAAGUAGUGCACAUGAUCUAUCAGCUGCCCACUGGAGUUCGAGGGAGUCUGAGAGCCUGUAUCUGGGUGGAGCUACAGCGGAGGAUGACAAUGCCAGAGCCAGAGCUGGCAACCAUGGGGCCAGAACUGAGUGGGCUAGACACCAGGCUACUCUUGGAUUUACCGGUCCGGUUGAUGGAUAGACUGUCCAAUGAAUCUAUUAUGUUGGUGGUGGGGCUGGUACGAGGAGCUCCAGAGCAGCUGCUGGCACUGACCCCACUCCACCGGGUGGCCCUGGCAGAGAGGGCACUACAAAACUUGGCUCCAAAGGAGACAACAGUCUCAAGGGAAGUGCUGGAGACAUUGGGCCCCUUGGUUGGAUUCCUGGGGAUAGAGAGUACACGACGGAUCCCCCUACCGAUCCUGCUGGGCCAACUCAAUCAGCUGCAAGGCUUCUGCCUAGGAGAGCCAUUUGCCACAGAGCUGGGAUGGCUCUUGUCACAGGAGCCUGCUCUUGGGAAGCCAGAGUUGUGGAGCCAGGGUGAAGUAGAGCAAGCUGGACGCCUAGUACUCACUCUGUCUACUGAAGCUAUUUCCUUGAUCCCCAGGGAGGCCUUGGGCCAAGAGACUCUGGAGCGGCUCCUAGAGAAGCAGCAGAGUUGGGAGGAGAGCAGAGUUGGACAGCUAUGUGGAAGACCACAGCUUGCUUCCAAGAAAGCUGCCUUGGUAGCUGGGGUUGUACGGCCCACUGCAGAAGAUCUCCCAGAACCUGUGCCAAAUUGUGCAGAUAUACGAGGGACAUUCCCAGCAGCCUGGUCAGCAACCCAGAUUGCAGGGAUGGAGCUCUCAGACUUUGAGGACUGCCUGGAAUUAUUCGCAGGAGACCCAGGACUUGGGCCUGAGGAACUACGGGCAGCUAUGGGCAAGGCAAAACAGUUGUGGGGUCCUCCCCGGGGAUUCCGUCCUGAGCAGAUCCUGCAGCUAGGUCGGCUCUUAAUAGGUUUAGGAGAGCGGGAACUACAGGAGCUGAUCCUAGUGGACUGGGGAGUGCUGAGCACCCUGGGGCAGAUAGAUGGCUGGAGCUCCAUCCAGCUUCGGGUUGUGGUCUCCAGUUUCUUGCGGCAGAGUGGCCGGCAUGUGAGCCACCUGGACUUCCUUCAUCUGACUGCACUGGGUUAUACACUCUGUGGACUUCGGCCAGAGGAGCUACAGCAUAUCAGCAGUUGGGAAUUUAGCCAAGCAGCUCUCUUCCUGGGCAAUCUGCAUCUCCAGUGUUCUGAGGAGCAACUGGAAGUUCUGGCCCAGCUCCUUGUGCUGCCGGGUGGUUUUGGUCCAGUCAGUAACUGGGGGCCUGAGAUCUUCACUGAAAUCGGCACAAUAGCAGCAGGGAUCCCAGACCUGGCUCUUUCAGCACUGCUGCAGGAACAGAUCCAGGGCCUUACCCCUCUUGCUAUUUCUGUCAUCCCUGCUCCUAAAUUUGCUGUGGUGUUCAGUCCCACCCAGCUAUCUAGUCUCACGAGUGUUCAGGCUGUGGCUGUCACUCCUGAACAAAUGGCCUUUCUGAGUCCUGAGCAGCGACGAGCAGUUGCAUGGGCCCAGCAUGAGGGGAAGGACAGCCCAGAACAGCAGGGUCGAAGCACAGCCUGGGGCCUUCAGGACUGGUCACAGCCCUCCUGGGCCAUGGCAUUGACCAUCUGCUUCCUUGGCAACCUGCUUUGAACCUGUCUCCACAGUUAAAGAGAAAGAUUGUUGGGAAAGAAACUUUAAUAAAGUGCAAAUGGAAAUGCA